UUCUCUUGACACAUUCCCUUUUUCUUUUCACACUACUUGAUUAAAAUAACAGAAUAAAAAACUUUCUAGGAAUCAUCAAUCUUCGUUUACCACUGAAAAGAGAAGAGAGAUCAAAAUCAAACCUUUUAAGGAAAGAAUGAUUCCAUUGUUGCUUACGUCAGCUCUUCAACUAGCAGAGCUUUUAGUAAGCUCCGUCGUUCAUAUUCUAUUCGGGCUUUACCUCUUCAGUUCAGCCAUCGCAGGAGACCUCGCUCAGACGUUUCUUGAGUCAAUCUUCAAACCCAAACCCACCUUUGAAGUGAUCAAACAAGGGAACACAACAACACAAGUCAAUGACUUGACUCCCAUUGUUUUAGUCCAUGGCAUUUUCGGUUUUGGCAAAGGAAGGUUAGGUGGGUUAUCAUACUUUGCUGGUGCUGAGAAGAAGGAUGAGAGAGUGUUAGUUCCUGAUUUGGGUUCUUUGACUAGUGUACACGAUAGGGCGAGGGAGUUAUUUUAUUAUUUGAAAGGUGGACUAGUUGAUUACGGUGAAGCUCAUAGCAAAGCUUGUGGGCAUUCUCAGUUUGGUCGUUUUUAUGACAAAGGGGAGUAUCAAGAAUGGGAUGAAGGUCAUCCUAUUCACUUUGUUGGCCACUCUGCUGGUGCUCAAGUUGUUCGUGUGUUGCAGCAAAUGCUCUCUGACAAGAUGUUUGAUGGUCAUGAGAACACAAAUGAGAACUGGGUUUUGAGUUUAACAUCCUUGUCAGGAGCAUUAAACGGGAGUACACGAACCUACCUAGAUGGGAUCCAGCCUGAAGAUGGCAAGUCCCUCAAACCCAUAUGCUUACUCCAGAUUUGUAGACUUGGAGCCAUCAUCUACGACUGGCUAGACAUCUCUUACCUCAAAUCCUAUUACACCUUCGGUUUCGACCAUUUCAACAUGUCCUGGAAAAAAACAGGCCUACGCGGCCUCGUGGACUGCCUUCUCGGAAACGCUGGCCCUUUUGCACCGUCGUCCGGAGACUGGAUCUUGCCUGACCUCUCCAUCCAAGAGACGAUGAAGCUCAACGCUAACCUCAAGACUUUCCCUAACACGUUCUACUUCAGCUACGCGACCAAGCGCACUGGAAAGCCUCUUGGUGGUGGGGUGAUGAUGGGUAUACAUCCUCUGCUUUCCAUCAGGGUCUUGCAGAUGAGUCGGUGGUGCUACCCUCGUGACUUGCCUCUGCCUUAUAAGGGAUACAGAGAUGAAGAUUGGCGGGAUAAUGAUGGAGCGUUGAACACUGUGUCUAUGACUCAUCCGCGGAUUCCUGUUGAGCAUUGUAGUCUCGUUGUGAGUAGUGACUAUGAUUGUCUCCCGCUACAGCCAGGGAUUUGGUACUACAAGAUUGUGGAGGCGGAUCAUAUAAUGUUCAUUCUGAAUAGAGAGAGAGCAGGUGUGGAGUUUGAUUUGAUAUACGACAAUAUAUUUGAGAGGUGUAGGAAACAUGUGUUCAGGCAGAGUCCUCAGACAAUGCCGAACAAAGCUCAGCGGAAGCUAGGAGGAGAAUAGAGAGAGGGGCAAAUGUGUAUAAUAGCGCUUUGUUUGUUACAACUUACAACACAAACCUUAGAGCUCAAGUUUGAUGUAAUGGCUUAUUAUAUAUACAUAUAGCUGCUUCAUCAUCAUAUGGUUCAUUAACAAAUGUGUAUAGCUUUGCUUGUUACAACAGGAACUUUUGCAUGCUUCCUGCAGAUUACUACACCUUACUGCAA